GUCGUUUAUAAGGGGAGCUGUGACAAACUCCUUGCCAGCCCUCUUCCUCCCACUCGGCUGCUCUUACGGAGUCCUCAUUCCACCCCCCUUGUUUCCGCAUUCAUCCUGAGUGGCUGGUGGGAACGUGAAAAGGGAGAGGAAAAGGCGCAAGAAGCCAGAGAGAGGGGUGUGGGAAAAGCGAAAACAGGCUGCCAAAUCAGGGGAUUCCUUCCAAUUUAAAAAGGAAGUCUGCUGACGUUAGUUAGUUAAAUUUAACAUCUUUUUAUGUGGUAACACUUGACUUCGGAAGCAAAAAUGAACUUUGCGGAGAGAGAGGGCUCUAAGAGAUACUGCAUUCAAACGAAGCAUGUGGCCAUUCUCUGUGCGGUGGUGGUGGGUGUAGGAUUAAUAGUGGGACUUGCCGUGGGCUUGACCAGAUCGUGUGACUCCAGCGGGGACGGCGGGCCAGGCACUGCGCCAGCUCCUUCCCACCUGCCUUCUUCCACGGCCAGCCCCUCAGGUCCUCCUGCCCAGGACCAGGACAUCUGCCCGGCCAGUGAGGAUGAGAGCGGACAGUGGAAAAACUUUCGACUGCCGGACUUCGUCAACCCAGUCCACUACGACCUGCACGUGAAGCCCCUGUUGGAGGAGGACACCUACACGGGCACCGUGAGCAUCUCCAUCAACCUGAGCGCUCCCACCCGGCACCUGUGGCUGCACCUCCGGGAGACCAGGAUCACCCGGCUCCCCGAGCUGAAGAGGCCCUCUGGGGACCAGGUGCAAGUCCGGAGGUGUUUCGAAUACAAAAAGCAGGAGUACGUGGUGGUCGAGGCUGAGGAAGAGCUUACCCCCAGCAGUGGAGAUGGCCUGUAUCUCCUGACCAUGGAGUUCGCCGGCUGGCUGAACGGCUCCCUCGUGGGGUUUUAUAGAACCACCUACACGGAGAACGGACAAGUCAAGAGCAUAGCGGCCACCGAUCAUGAACCGACAGAUGCCAGGAAAUCCUUUCCUUGUUUUGAUGAGCCCAACAAAAAGGCAACUUAUACAAUAUCUAUCACCCAUCCCAAAGAAUAUGGAGCACUUUCAAAUAUGCCAGUGGCGAAAGAAGAGUCAGUGGAUGAUAAAUGGACUCGAACAACUUUUGAGAAGUCUGUCCCCAUGAGCACGUACCUGGUGUGCUUUGCUGUACAUCAAUUUGACUCUGUAAAGAGAAUAUCAAAUAGUGGAAAACCUCUUACAAUUUAUGUCCAGCCAGAGCAAAAGCACACAGCCGAAUAUGCUGCAAACAUAACUAAAAGUGUGUUUGAUUAUUUUGAAGAAUACUUUGCUAUGAAUUAUUCUCUUCCUAAAUUAGAUAAAAUCGCUAUUCCAGAUUUUGGCACUGGUGCUAUGGAGAACUGGGGACUCAUCACGUACAGAGAAACGAACCUGCUUUACGACCCUAAGGAAUCAGCCUCAUCAAACCAACAGCGGGUGGCCAUUGUGGUUGCCCAUGAACUUGUGCAUCAGUGGUUUGGAAAUAUUGUGACCAUGGACUGGUGGGAAGACUUGUGGCUAAACGAAGGAUUUGCUUCUUUCUUUGAGUUUCUGGGAGUAAACCAUGCAGAAACAGACUGGCAAAUGCGUGACCAAAUGUUACUUGAAGAUGUAUUACCUGUACAAGAGGAUGAUUCUUUGAUGUCUUCGCAUCCAAUUAUUGUGACUGUGACAACCCCUGAUGAAAUCACAUCUGUUUUUGAUGGAAUAUCCUAUAGCAAGGGGUCUUCCAUUUUGAGAAUGCUUGAAGACUGGAUAAAACCAGAGAAUUUUCAAAAAGGAUGUCAGCUGUACUUGGAAAAAUACCAAUUCAAGAAUGCAAAAACUUCUGAUUUUUGGGCAGCACUGGAAGAGGCAAGUAGGCUACCAGUGAAAGAAGUAAUGGACACCUGGACCAGACAGAUGGGUUAUCCUGUGCUUAACGUGAAUGGUGUCAAGAACAUCACACAGAAACGCUUUUUGUUGGACCCAAGAGCUAACCCUUCUCAGCCCCCUUCAGAUCUUGGUUAUACAUGGAAUAUCCCAGUUAAAUGGACUGAAGAUAAUAUAACAAGCAGUGUGUUAUUUAAUAGGUCAGAAAAAGAAGGAAUCACUUUGAACUCUUCUAAUCCUAGUGGAAAUGCUUUCCUCAAAAUAAACCCAGAUCAUAUUGGGUUUUAUCGUGUAAAUUAUGAAGUAGCAACUUGGGACUCGAUAGCUACAGCGCUCUCCUUGAACCACAAGACAUUUUCUUCAGCAGAUCGUGCAAGUCUUAUUGAUGAUGCUUUUGCCUUGGCAAGAGCUGAACUUCUAGAUUAUAAGGUGGCUUUGAACUUGACCAAGUAUCUCAAAAGGGAAGAGAAUUUUUUACCAUGGCAGAGAGUAAUUUCAGCUGUAACCUACAUCAUUAGCAUGUUUGAAGAUGAUAAAGAGCUAUAUCCUAUGAUUGAGGAAUACUUCCAAGGUCAAGUGAAGCCUAUUGCAGAUUCUCUGGGAUGGAAUGAUGCUGGAGACCAUGUCACAAAGUUACUCCGUUCCUCCGUCUUAGGGUUUGCGUGCAAGAUGGGAGACAGAGAAGCCUUGAACAAUGCUUCCUCGUUAUUUGAGCAGUGGCUAAGUGGGACUGUAAGUCUUCCCGUAAAUCUCAGGCUUCUGGUGUAUCGGUAUGGGAUGCAGAACUCUGGCAAUGAGAUUUCAUGGAACUACACUCUUGAGCAAUACCAGAAAACUUCAUUAGCUCAAGAAAAAGAAAAACUGCUCUAUGGAUUAGCAUCAGUGAAGAACGUUACUCUUUUGUCAAGGUAUUUGGAUUUGCUCAAGGACACAAACCUUAUUAAAACUCAGGAUGUGUUUACAGUCAUUCGAUAUAUCUCAUAUAACAGCUAUGGGAAGAGCAUGGCCUGGAAUUGGAUACAACUCAACUGGGACUAUCUAGUCAACAGAUAUACACUCAAUAACAGAAACCUUGGCCGAAUUGUCACAAUAGCAGAGCCAUUCAACACUGAACUGCAACUGUGGCAGAUGGAGAGCUUUUUUGCAAAAUAUCCACAAGCUGGAGCAGGAGAAAAACCUAGGGAACAAGUGCUGGAAACAGUGAAAAACAAUAUCGAGUGGCUAAAACAACACAGAAACACCAUCAGAGAAUGGUUUUUUAAUUUACUUGAGAGUGGUUAAUGUAUUCAAAUGUUAAGAGUUUAAUUUUGUGAAUCUAUUGUUCUCCUCUGAAGCAUUUGGUGGCCUAAUUUACAAGCACGAUGGAGAGAGCCUUAUAAACAGAUAAUGCUUUUACUAAGCACUGUGUUUAUAUGUCUUGCAAAGCCUUUAAAUUGUUCCUCUUUGUUUAUGAAGAAAGAUACUAAUAGAGUACUUAAUAUACUCAGGGAUUUCUUCUAAGUGUACUUCAUAAGAGAUUCUUUACAAACUGAAGAUAAUGUAAUAGUUAUUUUAAUACCUUUAAAUAUCAUUCUUUGUAUCUUAAAUCUGUGAAGUAGAACAAUUUGGUCUUAGCUUUACAUUUUCAGUACCAAAGAAACACCACUUAAUCUUCUCUCUUGAUUGAUUUUUAAAGUUUAAAUACCAGUACUUGAGGGACCAAUAUUACCAUCUUAAUCUUUAUUUUAUUAUUCAGAAUUACACAGACCUAAUAUCAUUUUAUUCACAUAUGUCUUACUACUUUAAAUCCUACCAAAGUAACCUGGGCUUAAGUUUUACUUGAGGAUCGUAUGAAUUAGCCAAAAGAAUGGCUGACUGUUGCCUUUGCUCUUAUAAAAUCAAUGAGAACUCUUCUCUCCUUUUAAAAAUAAAUCUAAAUGAUUAUCUUGAAAAAGUAUUGUUUUCUAGUGUCACUUGACUCUUGAAUAAAAAUGACUGCAGUGUUCCCCAAAUAAUUUAACACAUUGCAAAUAUGAUUCAAGAAUCUGGCCUUUUUCAGGCUUGGUACUCUCUUCUCUCGCUCCAUUCUUUACAAAGCUCCUUCAAAUAUGCUAUGAAAUUAGAGGGAACAUAGUGCUUAACUCUGCUCCAUGGAUUUUAGAGGAAAAAAGCUAAAUAAUUGGAAACUGUUCAGGAAAGAGAGAAGGCAGAUUAUUUCUUAAAACUAAAUGGAAUUAGAAUUUAGCUUUGACCUCACCUAGCAAUCUAAGUGUGAAAAUGGGGAGACCUGUGGGCAUCCCCAGCAUGACUCUGCAUAUCUGAGCAUAUAUCUCCUUAUAGAUCAAUUUUAUGUAUAAACCCUUAGAUCCUAAUCCAUACAGAAUAGCACUGAUCAAAUUUAUAUGCAUGACUUGAUUAAAGACAUAAAUUUCAUAGAAGCUGGUGGCAAGAAUAUGUUUAAUAUGGCACUUGAUACCUCCUAGAUCCAUAAUGUAAGUCCAAUAGGCAGAAAAGAUGGUAAGUUACUAUGUUUCAAUCUGCUAUAUCUAGAAAAUCUAAAUUUAUUUGGAACUUUCAAAAACGUAAGGUAAUUUAGAAUCGGCUUGAUGAGAAUUGAAGUAUAUGGAAACAAAACCUUAGCUUUAACUUUAUUUAUACAAUAAUGUGCCCUAAUCAUGUACUCUGAAACUUUAUAAACUUUCCUGUUGCUGUUUCUUAAUUAUCACUUCUCAAUCCAUACAGCCAAACUAGUAAAUUCAAAUGUAGACUGGGUCUCGGGUGGCAGAUAUAGAAGAAGAAAUUUCCAGACCAAAAAAUAUUAAAUAUUAUUUUAAAUUAUUUCAGAAGCAAAAACAUAUUAACAUCAUAACUUAUCAGAAAAACCCCACUAUCCUCGUAAGACUUAACUUAAAAUUCUGACCACAGUCAGGACCAGCACUUGAAGUCUAUGUAUUGUUUCAGGUAGGACAUAUUAUGAAGUGAGAUGGUUUAUCCUUCUGUUUUAUGAAUUUAAUACAUUUUAAAAGAAAAAUGUUAGUUUAAGGGGGUGGUAAAUAAAACAGAUUUCAACUUGCCUACAAGACAUUCUAUUUCAUGCCUUUUCCUUUCGUUGUUCUAUUUCAUUCUAUUUUAAGCAUUAAACCUGAGAACAAAUUCUUUACUUCUUUUCACUCCACAUGCGAAAGAACUAUAUAUACUUUGUCAGAAUAAGUCUUCUAGACCAUCAGGUCCUUCUCAAAUAAUACCUGGUUUUUAAAAGGCUGAUGCCUAAUAGAUCUAUGCCAAGCACAGUUUAUUACUUUGCUUGCUUGGUUUUGCACAGUAUUCACAGGGGACAAAAAAUUUAGUAUGAUGUUUCCAAAAUUAAGCCACAGUAAAUUUAAAUAAUUAAUUUUAAUUGAAAAAAAAUGUAACCAUCUAAUUUCAAGAAUUAACUGGAAAAUAUGGGAAGCGAGGUCAUGUAGCAAAAAGCAAGGCCAGUAUUACUGCCUCCCCUCUAGGAAGCCCACUCCUGUAUUCCAGAUCAUUGCUAUGUACCCACAUAAUUAUAAAUUAGGAGUUUAAAUAAUAAAACAUAGACGUAAAACUGACAGGCAAGGGAGGUUUGGGAAGCAGGGGUGAGAUGUACACCUGGGUUGAAGGUAAUGAUACUCCUACAGCUUACCCUCCAAGUUGGUGAAGUGUUAGUCCAAAAGUAGAAAAAAACAGAGUAGGGGCAAAAAUCUAGAACAAUAAUUCUCAAAGGGAAUUGGGGGAUGAGAAGGAAGUAGAAAGGAGGGGAUUCAAAUUACCAGUAGUGCUUUCUAAAACAUGGUUAGGUAAUCAUCAUCAUCAAACUUUCCUUUUUUUUUUUUUUCAAGCAUUUUUAUAAACACUAGCACUCCACAUAAAAUUAAUUUUUACAAAACCCCCUUAAAGUAGAUACUGUUAUUGUUCUUAUUUUAGAGUGGAGAAACUGAGAUGGAGAAGUUAUAGAACUUGCGCAAGGCUAUAAAAGUUGUAUUUGGCACCAGCCAGUAUUUGAACCCAGGCAGUUUAUCACUCUAAUCUACAUUUUAAUCUGUAUUAGAGUAAAAAUAUGCUUUUGAAAUCAGAGUGACCUGGGUUGGAAUAUCAACUACUUGGUAGUUGAGUGCUUUUAACCUCUCCAUUGUUGUUUCAUCUAUAAAGUAAGGAUCAAAAUAGUAGCCACCUCAAUGGUAGUUGUGAGGAUUAAAUACAAAAAUGCAUGUAGAGGACUUAUGUAUAGGAAAUAACAAUCACUCAAUAAGUGUUAGCUCUUAUUAUUGUUACUAUUAUAUCUCCCCAUCCCUACUUAAGACACUAGUUUGAAGAAUAAAAUAAACUUUGGUUCAGGAAUAACCAAACCUAAGCAACUGAAGGCACUAAGGGUAGGCUAUAUGUUAGCCUGUGUUAUUGUUCAUAAAUAGUAAUUGCCCUGGUCUGGAAAAGGAUUCUAUAUCCUACCCCAUUGUAGUCUAGCAUGGUAUGUGACUUGCUUUGGCCAGUGAAACAGAGUGGAAAUGAUGUAUGUCAAUUUUAGGCAGAAACGUCCAGAGCCAGCACUUGGUUUGCCAUGUUCUCCGUGUUUCUUCUGCUCCUAGGUGCAGCAGUAUUCCAGAUAGAGGCCGCACUAUGAGCCUGAAUUCCAGGAUGAAAACAACAUGGAAUAGAACUUAGCCAGCACAGAGUACACAUGUGCUGUAAAUGAGAAAUAUCCCUUUGUUAUUGUAAAUCACUGAGAUUUUGAGGUUGUCUGUUACUUCAGCAUAAUCUAGCCUAAUAUAAACACCAAACUAACAUACGCCUCUACCAUAGUCAUUUAUUUCCUGUUCUUUCUCCUCCUCCUUCCUCUAUUUCAGGGUUUAGCGACCUUUUGCCUGCCUGUUUUUGUAAGGCCUGAAAGCCAAACAUAGUUUUACAUUUUUAGAUGGUUGAAAAAAUCAAAAGGAGAAUAAUACUUCAUGAUGUAAAAAUUAUAUAAAAUUUAAAUAAAUGUCAGCAUCCUUAAAUAAAAUUUUAUUGGAAUACA